AUGAUAUCCUCCCUGCAUAUAUCCGAUGACCUCAAUCAACACCCGAUGAUAUAUGGGGAUAUCAAAGGCAAAGGUAAAGCUAAAGUCAAACCGGAAGAAGAAAUAUUAAUGGAUGAUAAAGGAGAUGAACUGUUUUAUAGAAGUUUCAAGAAUGAAGAAGAAGAUCUAGCAGGUAUGAUGAGGUUGGUAGCUGAGGAAUUGUCGGAACCGUAUAAUGUAUAUACCUUCAGAUAUUUCUUAAUUGACUGGCCGCAUCUAUCAUUUCUGGUCUUCCCAACACCUCAGUCGAAAGAUUCGAUAGCAACUAUAGUAUGCAAACAAGACUCACAUCGGGGUAAAACGAAUAGAGGUUACAUAGCUAUGUUGAGUGUGGACAAAGCUUGGAGACGGAGGGGUAUAGCUAGUAAGCUAGUUCAGCUCGCUAUCAAGGAAAUGGCUCAACGAGGCGCAAAUGAGGUGGUCCUGGAGACAGAAUUUGAUAACGCUCCUUCUCUUUCCCUAUAUGACAGAUUGGGAUUUCUGCGAGAAAAGAGAUUGCACAGGUUUUACUCGAAUCACAAGGACGCCUUUCGCCUAAUACUGCCGAUCGAGACCGAUCCACCUGCCCGACAAGAAACAGAAAGUGAAGCUGAAGAAGGAAGGUGGAAUGUGGGUGCUGGACCAGGUCUAGAUCCUAUAAAUGAGGCUGAAGAAAAUCCUCCUAAAUAUUUCACGGAAGGUGAUCCUGCGGGAACGCAUACUCCGAGACCACCCCCUAAACCUUUGGAAGACUGGGGCAUGUACACGUAG